UUUACCGGAAUCACUUUAUUUUGACGAAUUUCAGUAUUCUUUAUUGAAAACACUUUUCUUCAUUUUGUCGGUUAAUUUAGUAUUGAUUUUCAUAACUUGGAGGGUGUAUGGUAAACGAAUCUGUGACCGCUUUAUGAAACCAGCCACAAACAAGGCCAUCGAGGAGUUAAAAGCAAGCGUAUCGAAGCUAAAACUACCUAAGGAACACACACCUCGAAUAUAACACGAUGGCUGAUAAAAUCAAAAAGUUUUUUGCAAAGAAAAAGGCUGAGGCGAAGUUUAAGUUGGCAGGACCGGGGCAUCGCUUGAAUGAGUCGUCCACUGCUAUAGUGGGGCCCAGCAAACAGAAACCGGCUUAUGUUCCACAAAGGUCACAGCCUAGUGAUGCUACAAGGCAAGCAGCUGAUGCAGCUUUAGCUAGGUUUCAGAAUCAGAGUAGGAAUCCAAAUUUUAAUACAUCUUUGGCUGCAAUUCAAGCCCAAGUGAGACGGGAGUUGGAAGCUGAGAAGAAAAAUACUAGUGUGGAACCAGUGACACAAUCGACGCCCGUUCCAACUAAUUUGGAGGCUUCACCUCACCUUGCAGUUAAAGGAGUUUAUUUCCGAUGCUCAUUAAUAAGUGACGAAAUCCUUACCAAAGAAGAAUGGAAAGUGAAAAUCAAAGAAUUUUUGUUUGAGCAACUAGAAGAAGAGCGAGGUUUAACAGCCUGCCUUAUUAUACAGUCUUGCAAUUACAAUAGAAAUAAAGUGAAAGAAUGUGUCGAUGUAUUAGUCCGCUAUUUAGACAAUAUCAUCGCAAAUCCUCAGGAAACAAAGUUUCAUAAAAUUCGGUGUUCAAAUCCUACAUUCCGAGAUAAAGUUUUGCCGGUGUUAGGGGCUACUGAUUUUUUGUUGGCUGCUGGUUUCCAACAGCAAGUGUUGAAUCAUAACGGCACUGAUGAAGAAUUUUGGGUGUUUAAUGAGCAAAAUAUCGAGGGUCUUCAAGUUUUAGAGCUUCUUCGCGAAUCGCUGAAAUCAGAGGACAGGGUGGAAUUAGAACUAGAUCGUAAUAUCCAAGUGUUAUCGCCGGCCCAGGCUGCCCAAAGGAUAGACCUACCUCAGGAAUUUUAUGCACUAAGUCCUGAGGAAGUAAAGAGGGAGCAACAAUUGAGGACUGAAGCAAUGGAAAAACAGAUGCAGUUAAGAACCAAAGCUAUGCGUGAAAAAGAAGAACUUCGAGAAAUUCGAAAGUACAAAUUCGCGUUGAUAAGAAUUCGUUUCCCUGAUGGGGUCUACUUGCAAGGAACUUUUUCAGUGUAUGAGAAAUUCUCAGAAGUGCUCGACUUCGUUCAAGACAAUUUGGAACAUUCUGGUUUACCUUUUGUUCUCUCAUCGCCAACCGGCCACAAAUUCGAAGAAUCAGAUAAUGACAGUUCAUUAGCACAGUUGAAGUUAGUUCCAGCGACGAUUUUGACUUUUCAAUGGGAUUCAUCAGUGGCUGAUGAAUUUGCGAGAGCAGGAAAUACAAGUUAUCUUAAACCAGAAGUCAUGAUGUUGAUGCAACAGCUGUAGUUUUUAUCUCACUUUACAUUUAUUACUUUACAAUCUGAUUAUCACCUGUGCUUGUUUUAUCAGAUGCAUGGAUUAAAAUAUGCUGUUGAUUUUUAUGGAAUAUUUAUUAAUACUGUAUUUCCAGAUGUAUGAUGUAUAUUUUACAUUAAACUAUUUAUUAUGAAGGUUUAAAAUAGCUUUCUUUCCUGCUAAGACUUAUCUCCUUACUCCAAACGUAGGUACUUCUGUAGUGGAAAAGUAAUAAUUAACAAGAAAGCAUAAUUUUGUCAAAAAUAUGUAUAUUUGCUUGUAAAAAAUACAAAAAUGAAAAAGCCAUAAAAAGGAACUUUGUGUAGCAAUUUUAUUUUUUAUUAAUGUAUGAAAUGGGAAGACACCUUUUUUGAACUACAACACAAACCCACCAUCUAUUUAUCGAGUGGCGUAAUUUUUAUUAAUGGUAAUGUGCUCCAAUCUUUUAGAUACCAACAAGAAUACAAUAGAUAAUUACUGCAUCUGUACAUCAUUGAUUCUGAAAAACCUGUUAUGCGCAAAAAUUAUAGUUUGGCAAAAAGUCUAGAAAACAGCUUGAAAAUGUUGAUCAGAAUCAAUGAUAUAAAUAAUAGUACGUACAUUUAUCUAAAAAGUUAGAACACUUCAGUCUUUUCUCUUCCUAAUU